AUUCUUUAGCUGGGGGCUAAUUUUCAGACAGUCCUCGACUUGGGUCUGGGUAAACAGCACCGCCCCGAUGGUUGUUUGUUUAAAGUGUGGAACGAUCCAUCGCAGAGCGCCGGGCUCGAUUGACACUGUCUGCUGAUCUGCUACUGCGGAUUGCUCAGAAUAACACGGCUGCUCGCUAAUUCCCGUCUAUCGGAGCUUUCGGCGAAACACCGAGAGAGUAGGGUCCAAAAAAAGCCAACAAGGCAGGCAAGAACCUCGCUCCGCCGGAGUCCGCACCCGAGAAUGGCUUCAGGAGACCUUUACGAGGUGGAGCGCAUCGUGGACAAGAGGCGGAACAAGAAGGGCAAGUGGGAAUACCUGAUAAGAUGGAAAGGUUAUGGCAGUAAGGAGGACACAUGGGAGCCAGAGCACCACCUACUGCACUGCGAGGAAUUUAUUGACCAGUACAACAGCCUGAAACUGCAUUCACACAAACGGCCCAAGGUUCCAAAAAAUCGUCAGGAGCCCCUUAUCACCAGCCAGCCAUCUGCUACAGAAAACUCCAGAGCUCGAUCUGAGACCCGAAAGAAAAAAAGGACGUAUGGCCCAGCUGUUGGAGUUAGAGUAGGAGCUGUUCUGGGGAUGGGAAGUUCAGGGUCAGGUGGUCCCACGCAGAAGCAGAAGAAGGUGGCUGUCGGACCUGGGAAACAUGCCUUAGGGGAUCGGAUAAGAAAAGCCAUGACGUACAAGGCUCCUCCACCGGGAGGGCAUCACUUUGUUCCUCCAAUGAGGGUCCCUCAUAACGGACUGCAGAAUGGAGACAUGGACCCUCUCAUGUACAGGACAACAGCAAGGCCACAUAGACUCCCUUUGGACAGAGCGGAAAGAGAACUAGGAGCCAUGGAAACCACUGGACAACAGUUCACCACUGAGCUAAUGUCAGGCCCUCCUCUGGCCAACGGCAAGAUGCAUCAACACAGCUCAGUAAAACGGAAGCUGGCCGAGGAUAAAGGCUACGUGUUCGACAAGCGGCUCAGGUAUAACGUGCGACAGAACGAGAGCAACUGUCGAUUCCGAGACAUCGUGGUCAGGAAGGAGGAAGGCUUCACUCACAUCCUGCUCUCCAGCCAAACUACAGACAACAACGCUCUGACACCAGAGAUCAUGAAGGAAUUGUGUCGAGCUCUUGGUAAUGCAGCUGCUGAUGACAGUAAAUUAUUACUGCUCAGCUCCGUGGGGACCGUCUUCUGCAGCGGCCUGGAGCCCUCGUACCUGAUAGCGCCUGUCCAACUGACCGCAGGAAAGAGAGCAGCCGCAUCGCAGAGGCUGUCAGGGAGUUUGUGUUGGCCUUCAUCCACUUCAAGAAACCUAUCGUGGGCAGCAAUAAAUGGGCCUGCCCUGGGCUUUAGGGGCCUCGAUCCUGCCCCUUGUGUGAUGUGGUGUGGGCCAGUGAGAGAGCCUGGUUCCAAACUCCGUGUGCUGCCCUUCACCUCACCCCCCUCUGGAUGCUCCUCUUACACCUUUCCCCAGAUCCUGGGUUGUAGCUCUGGUGGGUGCCAGCCACUAUCAAGGCUUUAUUGCAAAUACCACUUCAGCUAA